AUGUGGCUCCGCAACCUGCAAUUCUUCAAGUAUUCAGUUACCAAGUUGAGGAGAUGCUGUGGUUAUGGUUACAGUAUAGUUUUCAAAUUCCGAUCAUCUUUAAGUGGACUUGCAAAUAUGUCUGUUACCUCCACCUCAAAUUAAAAUAUAAUAAAAUGUCUAACAAAAGGCCUAAAGAUAACUUCAACUGACCAGCCUAUGGUUGAAAAAGCUCAAGGAGAAAAAGUUACAUUGCUAUGUACAUUCACUGAAUCACAAGAAGAUCUAGGCCCACUAGAUGUUGAAUGGGUCUUAAUACCACUAGAUAAUCGAAAGAAGGAACAAACAAUUAUUAUGUACUCUAUAGACAGGAUUUAUAAUAAUUACUAUGAAGCUAUGAAUGGACGGGUACAGUUCACUAAUCCUGAUCCCAGAUCUGGUGACGGCUCCAUAGAUAUCCUGAAUCUAAAGUCAACAGACACAGGCACAUACCAGUGCAGAGUGAAGAAAGCUCCUGCAGUUGAAAGCCAAAAAAUACAGUUGACUGUGCUUGUAAAGCCAGCAAGGACUAAAUGCUACAUUGAAGGAUCACCGGAAACUGGAAGAGACCUUACCCUGAAAUGUGUAUCACAAGAAGGCUCCCCACUCUUAUCCUACAACUGGAGGAAAUUAACUGGCACACAGGAACUUCCGGUGACAUCGUUAUUGAAUAAAGAUACAGGUGAACUGUCUCUGAAAAAUGCCUCUGAGGAGUACUCUGGUACAUACAGUUGUGUGGCUGCAAACAGAGUUGGCACUGAUGACUGUUUCGUUGUGCUAAAUGUCACUCCUCCUAUAAAUACAGCUGGCACAAUUGCUGGAGCAGUUAUUGGAACUCUUCUGGGGCUCUUUUUAUUGGCCUUUCUCGUCUUCUGUUGCUGUAAGAAACGUAAAGAGAAAAAAUAUGAAAAAGAAGUGCACCAUGAUAUUAGAGAGGAUGUUCCUCCUCCAAAGAGUCGUACUUCAACAGCCCGCAGCUAUAUAGGCAGCAAUCGUUCUUCUCUGGGUUCAAUGUCUCCCUCCAAUAUGGAAGGAUAUGCCAAGACUCCAUAUAAUCAAGUACCAAGUGAAGACUUUGAACGUCCUUCUGGUCAAAACCCAAGCUUUCCACCGUCAAAGGUAGCUGCACCUAAUCUAAGUAGAAUGGGAGCUGUCCCUGUGAUGAUUCCAGCACAAAGCAAGGACGGGUCCAUAGUAUAG